CAAGCCGCUAAAUUGGUAAUCCACACAACAACAACUGCACUCUCUGCUUCUCUCUCUCUUUAGCCCAUUAACCCCAAAGGGAUAGAAACAAACAUCGAUAACUGGGAGACGCUGAAGAUUAGCCAAACAAACAGCCAACCUCUGCUCAAUGUUUAUCCACUACUCAUAAUUCCUCUUUAUUCUCACUGACAUUAUUCUUUCUACUACCAGUGGACUGUUUGUACCUACUCCUGCCCUUAUUUCACGGCCAAAUUGGAGGAACAUAUUUUGACAUCCAUUAUUGAACAUGUACUGAUGAGAAGUCCCAUUGUUUGGUGGGUCAGGAAGCAUUGAAGGGGGAUACCAGACUAAGCUUUCAUUUACUUCAUUUUCAAAAGGGUAGCUAUGCAGACCCCUAAAUCAAGAAAUUCCUUGCCGGAAGCACCUCAAAAGGCUUCUCCUCGAGUUGCUCGGAAGCUUCGGCCAACCGCACUGGAGUGUGAUUCUACUUCCUCCUCUAACCAAGUAAAUAAUAGAAUCAUUAAAGAACGAAGCCCUAAAGUUAUUGAUCGAAAGUCACCUAGAAGCCCCGCAAGCGUCGAGAAAAAGCGUCCGAGCAAGAUUUCCGAGUUGGAAUCUCAGGUUUCUCAGCUCCAAGAGGAUCUGACCAUAGUGAAGGACCAGUUAUGUUUAUCUGAAUCAUGCAAGAAGGCAUUCAAGCAAGAUGCCGAGGAGGCCAAGAAUCAACUUGUAGCCAUGACCUUAAAGCUUCAAGAGUCUGAAAAACUAGUUCUUCAGCUCUCUGCUUCUGAAGAAGCUCGUGUUAUAGAAUUACAACAGAUCUCGCAAGACCGAGAUCAAGCCUGGCAAUCUGAGCUUGAGGCCAUUCAAGAACAGCACAAACUCGACUAUGCUGCAUUGGCUUCUGCUGUAAAUGAGAUUCAGCAGCUAAAGAUCCAGCUUGAAAUGGUAGCUAAGUCUGAAACGAAAAAGACCGAGCAUGCAGAUUCAGCAAAUAAUGAACUCGAUAGCUUGAGAAGUAAACUAGCAGAAACUUUGUGUCUUGUGGAAAGAAUGGAACACGAAUUGAAAAACUGUCGAGAAUCUGAAGCUCAGGCUCAGUUGCUUGCAAGAGAAACUCUAGCACAACUUGAAGAUGCCAAAAAACGGGUGGAGGAGCUCAGAUUUGAUGGUACGGAAGCAAAGAAGGCUUACAACGCUAUUGCUUUAGAGUUGGAUGAGUCAAAAGCACGUGUUAACUUAUUAGAAAAACUUGUUGGUAAACUCGAAACAGAUGUUGCUAAUGCUAGCAGUAACCUUUUGCAAAAUCCACCAGUUGAAAACAAUAAAAAGAGAGGAGAAGAUCAUAUUGAAGAACUUUGUUCUCUCAAAUCAGAGAUCGAACAACUGAAAACAGCCCUUGAAGUGGCCGAGACCAAAUACCAUGAAGAUCAAAUUCAGAGUUCAGUUCAGAUAAAGAUGGCUUAUGAACAGGUCGAGCAAAUAAAAUUCAACAUGAAUUCUAGGGAGUUUAAUCUGGAGCAAGAAUUGAAGAAAUCCAAAGCAGAUAUCGAAGAGUUAAAGGCUGACUUGAUGGAUAAGGAGACUGAAUUACAGGGUAUCUCAGAGGAGAAUGAGCAAUUACAAGCGAAGAUCCAGAAGAACUUGUCUAGCGAAAGGGAAUAUGAACUCGAAAGGGAGAUCAAGGAAUUGAAGGAACAUCUUGCGGAAUUGAAGUCUAGUCUCACUGAUAAGGAAAGAGAUUAUCGUAGCAUUUCAGACGAAAAUGAAAUGCUAAAGCUCGAAAUUAACAAAAGGAUAAUGAUCCGAGCAAAAGCAAGCAAUGGGACAACUGAAGUUGAGGACGCAACGGCUGCUGAACAAGAUGCUCUCAUAAGACUUGGAAUUGUGAUGGAGGAAGCAGACAAGAGCAACAAGAGGGCCGCUCGAGUUUCCGAACAGUUGGAAGCUGCUCAGGCUGCAAAUGCCGAGAUAGAAACAGAGUUGAGACGGUUGAGAGUGCAGUCGGACCAGUGGAGGAAGGCUGCAGAGGCAGCAGCAGCGAUGCUGUCUGCGGGAAACAAUGGGAAGUUCAUGGACCGAUCGGGAUCAUUAGACAGCAGCUAUGAUUCAGCUGCAGGAAAGUUUAAUGGGUCUUAUUGUGAAGAGAUAGAUGAUGAUUUGCUGAAAAAGAAAAAUGGAAAUGUGCUAAAAAAGAUAGGGGUACUGUGGAAGAAACAACAGAAAUGAAGGUCAAGGUCUUGGGAUGUCUGACUUUGUAUUAUGAAAACCAUAUUGCUUUCUUAGGAUGUAUUUACUCUUAAUAUGAUGCUAUGCUGUUUGUUUUUCUCA